AUGUCUCCGCCAAAUAUCCCAUAUCAUAUCAGACUAAAAACAUGUCUUAAGAUGGUUAUCCAAAGACUAAGGUAUGCACAAGAAAAGCAACAAGCAUUAGCCAAAAAGGGAAGAAGGGAUGUCGCUCAGCUGUUAAGCAACUCUAAAGAACAGAAAGCUCAUUAUAGAGUCGAGACAUUGAUUAAUGAUGAUAUUCAUAUUGAGUUGUUAGAACUUUUGGAAUUGUAUAGCGAAUUGUUGCAUGCCCGAGUUAUGAUCGUAAAUAGCGUUCAGGAUGAGGCAAGUCUGAUUGAAAAUCACAUGGAAGAUGGUAUAAAUGAGGCAGUACGUGCAUUAGUCUAUGCUACUCUUUAUGUCCCAGAGGUUAAGGAGUUGACGCAAUUAAGAGAUUUAUUAGGAAUGAAGUUCGGAAAUGAAUUUCUAAAAUUAAUACUGGAAGAUCACAUUGGUGUUCCUGAUAAAGUUGUUAGGAAAUGUUCCCCAAAGUUACCAUGUGUAGACCUUGUUGAGUUGUACUUAAAAGAAAUUGCUACGACUUAUGGAGUCCCUUAUAGUCUUCUGGAUAAUGAAAGAUUAGAAAAUGAACAAUUCAAUGAAAAAUCAGCCAUGGAUAAUGAAGAGAGUAAUGAUGGUGAAGGUGACGGUAAUGAAAAGCCGAUUGUAGCGGGAGAUAAUGAUGAUGAUACUCUGAUACCUGAUGAGAAACAUCCGAUUACAAUAAGAAGGCCAAGGAAAAGUAGUGAAACAUUUAAGAGAGACUUUAAAAUCCCUAAAGAAAUUGAGAACGAUGUUAAAAUUAAGCAUACGGUUGAACCAAUCAAAAAAACUUCCAACGACGAAUUAGAAGACCUGAAGAAACGCUUUGCAGCUUUGCGAAGAUAG